AUUUUGGAGGAGCUUCCAGUCCUUUAAAAAAGUCACUUCUGGAUCUUUGUUUUGAACAAACGGAUUUUAGAAAUGGUUGGAUUUGGACCUGCAGAUGUGCCUCCGUCAGCAGCGGURAAGUUUGUGGGAGCAGGAGCUGCAGCCUGCGUUGCUGACCUGCUCACGUUUCCGCUGGAYACGGCUAAAGUGAGGCUGCAGAUCCAGGGAGAGAGCAGCGCAGCGAGUUCGGUGAGGUAUCGUGGCGUGUUUGGCACCAUCAUCUCCAUGGUGCGCACGGAGGGACCUCUGAGUCUCUACAGUGGACUGGUGGCCGGACUCCAGAGACAAAUGAGCUUCGCCUCUGUUCGUAUCGGUUUAUAUGACUCUGUUAAACAGUUCUACACCCGAGGCACAGACCAUGCUGGCAUUGGUAGUCGGCUGCUUGCAGGGUGCACCACUGGAGCCAUGGCUGUUGCUUUUGCUCAGCCCACGGACGUGGUGAAGGUUCGUUUUCAGGCUCAGGCCAUAUCCGGUGAGCACGCUAGACACUACUGUGGCACCAUUGAUGCUUACAAGACCAUCGGUAGGGAAGAAGGGAUUCGAGGGCUCUGGAAAGGAACAGCACCAAACAUUGCACGCAAUGCCAUUGUUAACUGCACAGAACUGGUGACGUAUGACUUCAUUAAGGAUCUGCUGCUCAAGUCCACUCCCUUGACAGAUAACCUGCCUUGCCACUUCGUAUCGGCCUUCRGUGCCGGGUURUGCACGACUGUGAUCGCCUCUCCUGUCGAUGUGGUCAAGACGAGGUACAUGAACUCUGCUCCGGKCCAGUACGGCAGCGUUCUCAAUUGUGCUGCUGCCAUGAUGACCAAAGAGGGGCCACUUGCUUUUUAUAAGGGGUUCAUGCCGUCAUUCUUACGGCUGGGCUCCUGGAAUGUGRUGAUGUUUGUUACUUAUGAGCAGCUGAAACGAGCCAUGAUGGCAGCAAAUAACAGCAAUAUGGCUUCACUGUAGGCAAUGAUGUCUAUCUGAAAGGCUGCUACUAUACCACACCUGCCUUUUASAUGUAAUCAGCUUUUAUUAUAAUAUUUCAAAAGCCAUUACUGYUUGUAGGAGCGCAACAUGUGUAAUWAAUAUGUUAGAAAUGYUGCAAACCUAGAGCUUGUUUGAUCAGAMGCUUGCUGGCAGAGGAKAGUGACMYAGGAAACUGAAUGUCAAACGCCAUGAUGAGGUUUCCUCUCUGGGAUGGAUCCUGUGGCAGCGGCAUGCCUUCUCCAGUCACCACUUUCUCGUACGCAGGGCUGAUAUGUUACAACAAACAGAUCAGAAAGAGAG